AGUUUGAUUAAAAAAGCUAAGGAAUAGGAGCCAGUCUUUGAUCCCGGUUCUGUCUUGCAGUUAUUUAACCCUUAACUUGGCUUGAGCAUUGAGAAACUACAAUUAAUUUGAACAUCAAAAUGUCAGUUGGACCUAUUUUAGUCGCUGUUGGAGUCGGAAUGGUUAUGAUUUCGUUGGGUAUUCAUAAAGUUCAUGAAGGACACGUCGGCGUAUACUACAGGGUUUUUGAUUAUUCACCUAUAAACUUGAUGUCAUUAUUUUUCUAAUAAUUUACAGGGAGGAGCUUUACUAACUUAUAUAAGUAACCCUGGAUAUCACAUUAUGCUGCCUUUUAUAACAGCCGUUCGAUAUGUGCAAGUAGGCACUAAUAAUUCAAUUUGUCCUCCACUAAUUGUAACUGUUUCAUGAUAGACAACACUGCAAACUGAUGAAGUCAAAAAUGUACCCUGCGGUACAAGCGGAGGUGUGAUGAUCUACUUUGAUAGAAUUGAAGUAGUCAAUCUAUUAGCUCGUAAUGCAGUUCACGACGUGGUGAGAAACUACACAGCAGAUUAUGACAAAACAUUGAUAUACGACAAGAUUCACCACGAACUCAAUCAAUUCUGUUCUGUACAUAACCUUCAUGAAGUUUAUAUUGACCUUUUCGAUCAAAUUGAUGAAAAUUUAAAAAUAGCUCUUCAAAAGGACCUAACAAAUAUGGCUCCAGGGCUCUUUAUCCAAUCAGUUCGUGUGACUAAACCAAAAAUACCAGAGCAGAUUAGGAAAAAUUACGAAUUGAUGGAAAGCGAGAAAACUAAACUACUAAUUGCUGUAGAGAAGCAAAAAGUUGUUGAAAGGGAAGCCGAAACGGACAGAAAAAGAGCAUUGAUUGAGGCUGAAAAAGUUUCACAAGUGUCAAAAAUUCAAUGGGAACAAAAAGUAAUGGAAAAAGAGUCCCAAAAGAAGAUUUCAAUGAUUGAAGAUGAAACAUAUAGAGCAAAACAAAAAGCGAUUGCCGAUGCAGCAUUCUAUACAAAGCAAAAAGAGGCCGACGCAAAUAAAAUUAUCUUCACUAGAGAAUAUUUAGAAGUGAAAAAAUUUGAAGCAAUAUCUAAAAACAACAAAAUAUACUUUGGCAAUAAUAUUCCAAAUAUGUUUAUAGAUUCUAAUGCAGCUUUCGCAAAUCUUGAGGAAUCGAACAAAAAAGGAAAAUAG